AUCAACCCUUCAGUACAGCAAGCAUCAGAAUGAUGCCACAGACUCCAACAUUUUUAGACACUAAUGAUUAUUCACAAAAAUUGGGGAAAUCACAGCAGAUAUUUAAAGAAGAUGGUGAAUUGGCAGGAACUGGUCAGCAAUCAUUAUGUACAGAGAGUAAUUUAGUCAUCAAACAAGAGGACAAGAAUUAUGCCUUAUCUAGUGAAAUUAUUAUCCCUGAGGAUAAGCCACAAACAUUUACUGAGUUUUUAAAACAUUUUAAAGAAGAGAAAAGUCUACAGUCUAGCCAAAUGAUUCAUACAAAGGAGAAACAUUUCAAAUGUACAGAAUGUGAGAAAAGCUUUAGAUAUAAGUCUCAUCUCCUAGAACACCACAACAUUCACACAGGUGAGAAGCCAAACACAUGUACUGAGGGUGUCAAAUGUUUUAUACAAAUGACAAAACGUCUAGCUCAUGAAAGGACCCACAUGGGGGAGAUAUCAUUUAGCUGUACAGAGUGUGGAAAAAGUUUUACACAAAAGAGUGAUCUGAAAAAGCAUGAAAGGAUUCACACAGGAGAAAAGCCAUUCACAUGUACAGAGUGUGGAAAACGUUUUACAGAAAAGAGUACUCUGAGAAAACAUGAAAGGAUUCACACAGGAGAAAAGCCUUUCACAUGUGCAGAGUGUGGAAAAAGUUUUACACACAUGUGUAAUCUGAAAAAGCAUGAACAGAGUCACACAGGAGAAAAGCCUUUCACAUGUACAGAGUGUGGAAAAAGUUUUACAGAAAAGAGAAAUCUCAAAAAGCAUGAAAGGAGUCACACAGGAGAAAAGCCUUUCACAUGUACAGAGUGUGGAAAAAGUUUUACAGAAAAGAGUAGUCUGACAAAUCAUGAAAGGAUUUUCACAGGAGAAAAGCCUUUCACAUGUACAGAGUGUGGAAAAAGUUUUACAGAAAAGAGUAGUCUGAGAAAACAUGAAAGAUUUCACACAGGGGAAAAGCCUUUCACAUGUACAGAGUGUGGAAAAUGUUUUACAGAAAAGAGUGAUCUGAAACGGCAUGAAAGGAUUCACACAGGGGAAAAGCCUUUUACAUGUACAGAGUGUGGAAUAAGUUUUACACAAAUAAGUAGUCUGACAAAUCAUGAAAGAAUUCACACAGGAGAAAAGCUUUUCACAUGUACAGAGUGUGGAAAAAGUUUUACAGAUAAGGGUAAUCUGAGAAAACAUGAAAUAUUUCACACAGGGGAAAAGCCUUUCAUAUGUACAGAGUGUGGAAAAUGUUUUACAGAUAAGGGUAAUCUGAAAAGGCAUGAAAGGAUUCACACAGGGGAAAAGCCUUUUACAUGUACAGAGUGUGGAAUAAGUUUUACACAAAUAAGUAGUCUGACAUAUCAUGAAAGGAUUCACACAGGAGAAAAGCUUUUCACAUGUACAGAGUGUGGAAAAAGUUUUACAGAUAAGGGUAAUCUGAGAAAACAUGAAAGAUUUCACACAGGGGAAAAGCCUUUCAUAUGUACAGAGUGUGGAAAAUGUUUUACAGAAAAGAGUGAUCUGAAAAGGCAUGAAAGGAUUCACACAGGGGAAAAGCCUUUUACAUGUACAGAGUGUGGAAAAAGUUUUACAGAUAAGGGUAAUCUGAGAAAACAUGAAAUGAUUCACACAGGGGAAAAGCCAUUUAGCUGUACAGAGUGUGGAAAAAGUUUUACACAAAAGAGUGAUCUGAAAAAGCAUGAAAGGAUUCACACAGGAGAAAAGCCAUUCACAUGUACAGAGUGUGGAAAAAGUUUUACACAAAUAAGUAAUCUGAAAAACCAUGAAAGGAUUCACACAGGAGAAAAGCUUUUCACAUGUACAGAGUGUGGAAAACGUUUUACAGAAAAGAGAAAUCUCAAAAAGCAUGAAAGGAGUCACACAGGAGAAAAGCCUUUCACAUGUACAGAGUGUGGAAAAAGUUUUACAGAAAAGAGUAGUCUGACAAAUCAUGAAAGGAUUCACACAGGAGAAAAACCUUUCACAUGUACAGAGUGUGGAAAAAGUUUUACAGAAAAAAGUAGUCUGAGAAAACAUGAAAGAUUUCACACAGGGGAAAAGCCUUUCACAUGUACAGAGUGUGGAAAAUGUUUUACAGAAAAGAGUGAUCUGAAACGGCAUGAAAGGAUUCACACAGGGGAAAAGCCUUUUACAUGUACAGAGUGUGGAAUCAGUUUUACACAAAUAAGUAGUCUGACAAAUCAUGAAAGGAUUCACACAGGAGAAAAGCUUUUCACAUGUACAGAGUGUGGAAAAAGUUUUACAGAUAAGGGUAAUCUGAGAAAACAUGAAAGAUUUCACACAGGGGAAAAACCUUUCAUAUGUACAGAGUGUGGAAAAUGUUUUACAGAUAAGGGUAAUCUGAAAAGGCAUGAAAGGAUUCACACAGGGGAAAAGCCUUUUACAUGUACAGAGUGUGGAAUAAGUUUUACACAAAUAAGUAGUCUGACAAAUCAUGAAAGGAUUCACACAGGAGAAAAGCCAUUCACAUGUACAGAGUGUGGAAUAAGUUUUACACAAAUAAAUAGUCUGACAAAUCAUGAAAGGAUUCACACAGGAGAAAAGCUUUUCACAUGUACAGAGUGUGGAAAAAGUUUUACAGAUAAGGGUAAUCUGAGAAAACAUGAAAGAUUUCACACAGGGGAAAAGCCUUUCAUAUGUACAGAGUGUGGAAAAUGUUUUACAGAAAAGAGUGAUCUGAAACGGCAUGAAAGGAUUCACACAGGGGAAAAGCCUUUCACAUGUACAGAGUGUGGAAAAAGUUUUACACGGAAGAGUGAUCUGAAAAAUCAUGAAAGAAGUCACACAGGAGAAAAGCUUUUCACAUGUACAGAGUGUGGAAAAAGUUUUACAGAUAAGGGUAAUCUGAGAAAACAUGAAAGAUUUCACACAGGGGAAAAGCCUUUCAUAUGUACAGAGUGCGGAAAAUGUUUUACAGAAAAGAGAGAUCUGAAAACGCAUGAAAGGAUUCACAAAGGGGAAAAGCCUUUUACAUGUACAGAGUGUGGAAAUAGCUUUACACAAGUGAGUAAUCUGAGAAAACAUGAAAGGAUUCACAAGGGAAGAAACCUUUCACAUGUUUAGAAAGUGGGAAAAGGUUUUUAUUUAAAUCAGGUAUCACAAAACACCAAAUAUUUACACUCAAAUAAACUUUACACAGUGUACAAACUUUUUUACAAUUAUCCUAAAGAGGACAAACUCUCUAAAUAGAAGCAUCAAAAGAGAUGUUAUUGUAAUAAUACUUUCUAAAUCCUAGUUAUAGAAGCCUCGGAUUGGAAGUGCUCUCCUGAUGUCCUUUGUGCCUCUCUUUAUGUGCACUUCAGUUUCUCUCAUAUAAAUGUGAUAGAAUCCAAAUACGACACAGGAAUAUACAAAUCUGCCCUCAUACUGACCAGUUUAUACAACUAUUCAUUACCAAAACACCCCCAGUGUUUAUUAGUAUGACAGUGUUAGGAGUUGUACGUUUGAUUCACAUAGGGGAGAAAAUAAUUACAUUUACAUUUAGUGUACUAUGUACUCCUGUUACUGAGAGGAAA